UAGCCUGCGAGCCUCUUACGCCUGCGCUGUAAGGUUUUUCCGUCAGUUCUGCCCCCACCCUUACAAUAGUCCGUUCGUUCUCUCGAAGCCAGUGUCGUGUUUGAGUGGUUCGCUCGCGAUUCGUGUCUCUGGCUGGCGCGCGGAGGGAACAGAGGUGGAGCCGCACGUGAUCAGCAACCGCGGCCCCGGUUGGAAAUCGAGAGUGCGGAGCGGUUGGUUCCGGCUUGGACCAGUUGGGGCUGGUUUUCUCCGCGCAAGCGCAGCCUAGCCUGGUUAGAGUGGAGGGAAGGGCGAUGGCGGCGGACGGUAUCCCUGGAGUGGAUCUGGCUGGGAUGGUGGCUGAAACGCGGGGGGAACCUCCGGGCACCUCCGUUCCUGCAUCUACGACCGUUUCCUCGCCCCGAAGUGAGUCGCCCCCUACAAGAACGGACCCCUCGGGCCCAGAAGCGGUUCCCGAGAGUGGCUCCGGAGCUGUGGGCAAUGCGGGAGCACGGCGAUUCCUCUGCGGCGUUGUGGAAGGUUUUUAUGGAAGACCUUGGAUUAUGGAACAGAGAAAGGAGCUUUUUAGAAGACUUCAGAAAUGGGGACUAAAUACAUACCUAUAUGCUCCGAAAGAUGACUACAAGCAUCGUAUGUUUUGGCGAGAAAUGUAUUCUGUAGAGGAAGCUGAACAGCUCAUGACUCUGAUUGCAGCAGCUCAAGAAUAUGAGAUAGAAUUUAUUUAUGCCAUUUCCCCUGGACUUGAUAUUACUUUCUCAAACCCUAAAGAAGUAUCUACAUUGAAACGCAAGCUAGAUCAGGUUUCUCAGUUUGGUUGCAAAUGUUUUGCAUUAUUGUUUGAUGACAUUGAUCACAAUAUGUGUGCAGCAGAUAAAGAAGUGUUCAGCUCCUUUGCCCAUGCUCAGGUUUCAAUCACCAAUGAAAUCUAUCAGUAUCUAGGAGAACCAGAAACAUUCCUCUUCUGCCCCACAGAAUAUUGUGGCACUUUUUGUUAUCCAAAUGUUGCUCAGUCUCCUUACUUGCGAACUGUAGGAGAAAAACUGCUACCAGCAAUUGAUGUAUUAUGGACAGGUCCCAAAGUAGUAUCUAAAGACAUUUCAGUGGAGUCUAUUGAAGAGGUUUCAAAAAUAAUUCGCAGAGCUCCUGUUAUCUGGGACAACAUUCAUGCUAAUGACUAUGAUCAGAAAAGACUGUUCCUUGGGCCGUAUAAAGGCCGAUCAACAGAACUCAUUCCACGCUUAAAAGGGGUCCUGACUAAUCCGAACUGUGAAUUUGAAGCUAAUUUUGUUGCAAUUCACACGCUUGCAACUUGGUACAAAUCCAACAUGAAUGGAGUGAGGAAAGAUGUUGUGAUGACUGACACUGAAGACAGUACAGUAUCAAUCCAGAUUAAACUAGAAAAUGAAGGAAGUGAUGAAGAUAUUGAAACAGAUGUUCUUUAUAGCCCACAGAUGGCUUUGAAGUUAUCAUUAACAGAAUGGCUGCAGGAAUUCGCAGUCCCCCAUCAAUAUAGCAGUAGGCAAGUGGCCCACAGUGGAGCUAAAACAAGUGUGGUUGAUGUACCUCUAAUUGCACCAUCUGCUUUAAAUUCUACCACGGUGGUUACUACUGUAUAUCAGGAGCCCAUAAUGAGUCAAGGAGCUGCCCUAAACAGUGAGUCACAGACUCUGGUGAAAGAGGAGGAAGAGAAGAAACAGUUAGAUGAGGAACCAAUGGAUAUGGUGGUGGAAAAGCAAGAGGAUGCUGACAAGAAUAUCAACCAAAUAUUGACUGACAUCUCUGAAGCAAAAAUGUCAGAAGAGUUGAAACCAAUGGAUACCGAUAAAGAGAGCAUAGCGGAAUCAAAAUCUCCAGAGAUGUCAAUGCAGGAGGACUGUGCUAGUGAUAUCGCACCAAUGCAAACAGAUGAGCAGGUUAACAAGGAACAGUUUGUGCCUGGCUCCCAUGAGAAGCCAUUAUAUACUAUUGAGCCAGUGGCUCUAGAAGAUCUACAGCUACUUGCAGAUUUAUUUUAUUUACCCUAUGAACAUGGACCUAAAGGGGCUCAAAUGUUACGGGAAUUCCAAUGGCUCAGGGCAAAUAGCAGCGUUGUCAGUGUGAAUUGUAAAGGAAAAGAUUCUGAAAAAAUUGAAGAAUGGCAGGCUCGAGCAGCAAAAUUUGAAGAGAUGUGUAGCUUGGUGAUGGGAAUGUUCACUCGUCUUUCCAACUGCGCCAACCGGACAAUCCUUUAUGAUAUGUACUCAUACGUCUGGGACAUCAAGAGCAUCAUGUCAAUGGUGAAAUCUUUUGUGCAGUGGCUAGGGUGUCGUAGUCAAUCUUCAGCACAGUUCUUAAGUGGAGACCAAGAACCCUGGGCCUUUAGAGGUGGUCUAGCAGGAGAGUUCCAGCGUUUGCUGCCUAUUGAAGGAGCAAAUGACCUCUUCUUUCAGCCCCCUCCUCUGACUCCUACUUCCAAAAUCUACACCAUCAGGCCCUAUUUUCCAAAAGAUGAGGCAUCAGUGUACAAGAUUUGUAGAGAAAUGUACGAUGAUGAAACUGAUCAGCCUUUUCACAGUCAACCCGAUCUAAUCGGAGACAAGUUGGUGGGUGGCUUGCUUUCCCUGAGUCCAGAUUACUGCUUUGUUCUGGAAGAUGAAGAUGGCAUCUGUGGUUAUGCGCUGGGUACUGUUGAUGUAACCCCUUUCAUUAAGAAAUGUAAAAUUGCCUGGAUUCCUUUCAUGCAGGAGAAAUAUAGCAAGCCAAGCAGCGAUAAGGAACUAUCAGAGGCUGAGAAAAUCAUGCUGAGCUUUCAUGAGGAGCAAGAAGUUCUGCCAGAAACAUUCCUUGCCAACUUCCCAUCACUGAUAAAGAUGGAUAUUCAUAAAAAAGUGACAGAUCCGAGCGUCGCUAAAAGCAUGAUGGCCUGUCUCCUCUCCUCUCUCAAGGCAAAUGGCUCCCGUGGGGCUUUCUGUGAGGUGAGACCGGAUGAUAAAAGAAUCCUGGAAUUUUACAGCAAGCUGGGAUGCUUUGAAAUAGCCAAAAUGGAAGGUUUUCCAAAAGAUGUUGUUAUUCUUGGAAGAAGUUUGUAAGGGAUUUUUUUUAGUGAACCUGUUGAGACUGGAACCAACCAACAGUUGAGAGUAGUGAGCCCGAGUUUUGUUAUUGCCUGCCCUUUCUAUGGCAGCAGUCAGCUGGCCUGACAGGAAAGAACCACCCCAUUGUACUCUCCCUUACGCUGCUGAAAACAGUUUGAAGAACGGUUACUGGUCAUUUCCUGGUCUUACAUGAAGUGCCAAGGGAUACUGCAUAUGAUGUAGCUUCAAGAAAAGAUUCACAAGAAUUCUCAGAGAAGGACUGGGGGCUUUUCCAUCUCUGCAUAACAGCAGAAAGGUCUAUUCCUUUGUAUCAUGAAAUGGGAAGCAAGACGGAAGUGGGAUCCCUGUAUAGAGAAGCAGGGUACCUGUGUAGGUCAUUUUAUGUGUUGGCUGUUUUGCUUAUUAGUAAGGAAAUGGCCAUCACCGCUAAAGAAAAUUGAUUAAGCUUUGUGCUUUGUAGGGAUAAAUUGUGCAUUUGUCUGUGGCAAAGUCACUCAGUGGCAGAAAUGUAAAUUUCAGUGUGUAAAUAUAUACAUAUAUAUAUAUAUAUAUAUAUAUAAACUUGCUGAAUGCUGACGCUUUGUGUUUAAUUGUUUUUGUAAUUUUUUUUUGCUUUCCAAAGCAAAGUGGUAUUGUUCUGAAACAGCACCUUCAAAUUUCAAAAAAAAAAAAAAAAAAAAAGCAGAGGGUGAGGCUGAUGUUGUUUCUGAUCUGGCCUGCUAUGUUUCAUGCCCUUUACUAGAACGCCAGUUUGAAAGUUUUUUUAAAGUGUUGCUCUACAGCAGGGGUGUCAAACUCUUGUCAUCAUGGUGUCUUCACGUGAUGUAUCACAACUUUCCCCUUCGCUAAACUGGGCAUGGCCAAUGCAUGACGCAGCUGGCCCGCGUACCACAAGAUGGAUAGCCCUGACCUAGGGGGAUCAAUCCUUUAGAGAAUGGAUUUUCAGAAAAUGGGUAAAUAUUGCUUCCUACCAAGAAGAUGAAAACUUAUUGACAGUCAUUUCAGUGAUAGCUACUGAGUUGCUCAGUGGGUGAAUGGAAAAAUAUUACAACUUCAGCUACCCAUUCUUCCCUGUUCAAACUCAUUAAAUCAGGGUCUUCAGGUCAUACAUAUUUGUUACAGACUUCUGAGGGGAGGGAUAACAAAAAGCACAUUUUAUAUAUUAUUUAAAUGUUACCUAAUUUUAAUAAUCACUGUCUGUUCCAAAAAUUUAAGAUUUUUACUGCAAUCUGACAAACUGUAUGGAGUUGUAGAAGGAAUGGUGAAUGCAUUUCUUUUGUUCUAAGAAGCCGUUAGCCAACAUAAUGUGUUUUUAUUUUCACCUACUACAAUAAAUUAUUUUUUGUUUCCUUUGAAACUUUUUUUUAGUAAAGAUGGAAAUCGAACUGAUUCUGAUUUAAAAGAAACUUUGAAACUCAUAUACUUUUUAAAUGGCAUUUUACUGCCAUUUUAAUUUGCACCGAUUUCCUAGAAGCUAGUCUUUGGCCUUAGUUGUAAUUGCUUAUUAACAUUUGAUUUUCACUGAAUGAAAAGCAGAACAUUUCAGCUGCAGAAAAUACAUUUCAUUUGAGGACAAAACAGUGGACAAAAGGACUUCCAUAAGUUUUUUAUGCUUUUGAGUGAAUGCUAACUAGUCACUUCAUUUGGUUUUAAUUAGUGUGUAUGUGUAUACAGUACUGUAGUUGGAUUUAUUGCAAUUUUGUGGGGAGAGGGCACCUGGAUUUUUAUACUGUUAACAAAUAUAAAUUUAUCACUGUUAUAAGUUAAUUCUGUGCAUCUUGAAAGUUUGAGUCAGUUGCUUGCUCUGAGUGUAUAAAAGUAUAGCACUGACACAACUUUCAGAGUUACGGUAUCAGUUUUCAUUGCAUACAGUUGGAAUGCAAUUUUCAUGACUGUCUUUAGAUCUGCUGUAUCUGUAGCAAAACAACAGACUGUAAAAUUGUAUUUGGAAACCAUGUGAAAAAUAGAAUAAAUUGCAAAGUCAAUGUAAAGGCAUGUUUUGGUAUAAUGUUAGAGAAUGAGGAAAAUUAGUGGAGAAUAAUAAUUUUCCUGUUGUGUUUUAUAACUCUCUAAUGAAUGUAUGAUAGCAAUGGAUACUUCAUAUUUUGGCUCCACUGUGCAGGUUUGGAUAUAGCAAAUCUGUCUCUUGUGUUCAUUUUUCUUGGCUGUGCUUUGCUGUAAAUACAGGUGGACAUUACUAAAAGCUACUGAAGUAGGUGUUUAUUCUUAUUGAGAUUUCACAAAUAAUAUCUUCUAAUUUAAAGGAGAUGAGUAAUUCCGGGUAAUAAUGGUCUUUUAUCACUAUAUAUGAUCAAGGCCACUUCUGACAGCAGAAGUGUGUAAUUUAUACCCCUCUAAAGCCCUAAGAAAAACUCCAGGGAUCCAUCAAUUAGCAAUUUUCAAUGUGACAGAAUUAAAAAUGAGAGUAAUGGUGUUAUCUGUUUUAUUAAUUAAAUUAAAUGAAAGUGAAUUCUACUUUUUCUUUGCUCCAAAUAAUAUAGACCCUAGUCUACCGAUAGGAGAAAAUAUUGUAGUUCAGGAUUGAACUGUGGGGUCCUUGGUGCUUGUUGAGCUUGGUUGCUUCCUUGCAGACUUUUCAUUACCAAACUAGGUAACAUCAUCAGUGCUAGUAGUUAUGAUACCUAGUUUGGUAAUGUCUGUAAGAAAGCAAUCAAGUUCAGGGAUCCUGGUGGUCAAAACCUAAUCAUAACUUUUUAUUGAAAUUUGUAUUUUGCCCGAUAGUUCUAGAGAGUUGAAAGAAAAAUAAAGGAAGUGGGGGGGGGGAGCUGUGUAGUGACCUGAUAUUUAAUACUAGUCCCGUCCUUUUGAUUCCAUUUUAGUUGAUAAGUUUUUAAACCCUUGAAUUCCAUAAUUAUUUAGAUAAGAGAGAGAAACAAUUUUCGUAUAACAUGUCCGGAUUAUUUUUUUAAUUCAUUUUAGAAUUAAGUAUUUUAGCAUGACGAAUGAAAUAUUUAAUGAGUAAAUUUUAUUGUAGGUUAAAUUUCUAUUCAGAUAGUAGAAAUGUGUUACAUAUGAAUUAACAUUUGUGAUAUAUACAGUAUCAUUUGGGGGUCAUUUCUGUCCUGCAGUACAGUGGACAGUGUGGUGAACUUCAAUACUUCACAAUGCAACUCAGUUUAUUAGCCUACACUGAUUGGGGAUUAUGGACAUUAUAGCCUUAACACAUCCAGAUACCUGGCUUAGUCAUUUAAGUAAGGAUUUCGAAGGCAUCAAACUGAAAAUUCAUUUGCCUCCUUGUUUGGAUCCCAGGUAUGCACAGUUUUCCAGAUUUAGCUGUUUUAUAUAUCAUACUUUUUAUCUCUCAAUUUCAUACUGUUUAAACAGAAAAGCCCUUUUUUAAAAAAAGAUUGCCUUCCUGGACUUCAUAAAGGUUGGAAAUACUAUUAACCAGAUUAUGUAAAAUUGAAACUGUCAUGUCGCUCUUUUGUCAUUUGUCUUGACUUUUCUUGUUUUAUAUUUUUAGUUCUUAUUUCUAAGUUUAAUAAAAUAUUUGACUUCAA